UUUUCGUCACCUGCCCCCACAAGAAGACCAGCAGGAGCAGUGGGGGAGACUGUGCGGAAGAAGGUAGCUUUAAUUUUUUUUUUUUUUCUCCCUCCCGUCUUUUUCCUCACUCGCUAUCAAUGGUCUGCUUCUGAGCAUUUUUUUUCUUGUAAAUUUCAAUUCUUUCUGGGAAUUUGAUUUAUAUUUUUAAUUUUUGGGUCAUUUGGGUUGAGUGGUAUGAGUGAGUUUGGUAUCUUUUUAUUGCUUUUGAUAGCUUUUUCCCUGAUCUGGGGGGUUUAUUUAUGAUUUCGAACUUUUUAUUGAGCUUGAAGAGGAAGUGAGUGAGUGAGUGAGUGAGUAGAGAGAGAGAGCUUUGGUAUUGGAGAAGGAAGAUUACUAGUGCUACUAGUUGAUGAUUUUGCUUGAUUUGGUGAUGAGAAAAUGAUGGGGUUGUGGUAGUGGUGGUGGAGGAGGAGAAGGAAGGUGGGCCUUUUGAGUUUUGACCAUAGAAAAAAGAGAUCAGAUAAAGCAGGAAAAAUUGGGAGAGGAAGAGGAAGAAAUUAAAAGAGAUCCCCUUUGCAUUUUGAUGGUCUUUGUUGCUUGUAUUUGUCAAUGAGAAGGUUUAGCCAAAGAGAGUAAAGGACAGAGAGAAACUCUUCCUUCCUUUCUUUCACUUCCACACUUCUCUCUCUAGAUUUUCUUUGCCGCACGCUUCUUAAUCUCAUGAUGGGACAGAUUGGUCUUCGAGUUGAAUCCUUGUUUUCUGGUGUUUGUGGGUUUUGGGGGUGUUGAAGUUCAAAUCUCAAAUACCGAGUUGUUGUUUUGUGUGAUUUUGUUCUUGGUCUGAGGAAAAAGGGGUUUUGAAAUUGCUUAUGUACCAUCCAUCCGGGUGGAAAAGAAGUUGUGGGGGGAUGAAGUUUGAUGCAGGCAGUGGUGGGCAGGUUCUAGAUCUGGAAACCGCGGUGAAAGAUGGGAUUUUGGGCGGCGGAGGCGGGUUAAUUUGCGGUGGCGGAGUCGGUGUUGUGGCGGAGAAGUUGGAUCUGAAGAAGAUGAUUGAGGAGCUGGAGUCCAUUGAGAUUCCUUCAGUGUUCAUCUGCCCGAUUUCGUUGGAGCCAAUGCAGGAUCCGGUGACCCUUUGCACGGGUCAGACCUACGAGAGAUCGAACAUUCUCAGAUGGUUCUCUUUGGGGCACUACACUUGCCCCACAACAAUGCAGGAGCUUUGGGAUGAUUCAGUCACGCCAAAUAACACCCUUCACCAGUUGAUUUGCAGCUGGUUUUCGCAGAAGUACGUCGCGAUGAAGAAGCGGUCAGAGGACGUGCAGGGGAGGGUUCUGGAGAUUUUGGAGACAUUGAAGAAGGUUAAGGGCCAAGCCAGAGUUCAAGGUCUCAAGGAGCUCAGAAGGGUAGUGGCAGCUCAUGCUUCCGCUCAGAACACAGUGGUGGACAACGGGGGUGUUGCUUUGAUCUCCUCUCUGUUGGGUCCUUUCACUUCGCACGCCGUUGGGUCGGAAGCAAUUGGGACUCUUGUGAAUUUGGAGCUCAGUUCAGAGUCCAGGACGAGUCUGAUGCAACCUGCAAAGGUUUCGUUGAUGGUUGAUAUGUUGAACGAGGGAUCGAUUGAGACGAAGAUCAAUUGCACGAAAUUGAUUGAGGUUUUGAUGGAGGGCAAGGAUUUGGAGGCGGAAAAUGUCUCAAGCUUACGUCUUGUGGUUGGAUUGUUGAGAUUGGUCAAGGAUAAAAGGAACCCUAAUGGGGUUUUGCCUGGUCUCAGUUUGCUCAAGACAAUUUGUUCCCACGAAUCGGUCAGGAACUCGGUUGUGAGCGUUGGGGCAGUUCCUCAAUUGAUUGAGCUCUUGCCCGGUUUGAAUCACGAGUGUUUGGAGAUAGCCCUUCAUGUCCUAGAAGUUUUGUCAACACUUCCCGAGGGAAGGCAGGCUUUGAAAGAUUGUCCCAAAACAAUCCCCAGUGUAGUUAGACUACUGAUGAAGGUUUCAGAAAGCUGCACUCAGCUCGCAUUAUCGAUCUUGGGGGCGGUCUGCAAGCUCGCGCCAGACGAAUGCGCUUCGCUUGCGGUAGAGGCGGGUUUGGCAGCCAAGCUGCUGCUUGUAAUUCAAAGUGGUUGCAAUCCUGUAUUGAAGCAAAGAGCUGCUGAGCUCUUGAAGUUGUGUAGUCUAAAUUACACCGCUACACUAUUCAUUUCGAAAUGUAAGCUUACUAGAACAAUACAAUGAAGUAAAAAAUGGCACUUUGUUGAUAUACAUUCUCUCAAUUUUUCUCUGUCCCAAUGGAUAAAAGGAGCCGCAGAGCUUGUUUGGGAUCCAAGAAAAUUCAAGACAAAAGGUCCUAUGGUGUUUCUGAGGUACCCAUCUUUCUUGUGUAUACUUCAACAUCUUUGAUUUGGAUCGAUUGUUUCCGCCACCAGAAGAAACAUCAUAAUGUGGGUCAAUUUGGGCAAUGUAAUUCCAUUUUCUGGUAAAUAUGAUACGCUGAUCCAUCCGGGUGCCAGUCGGACCCAAGAUUUGCUGAUCCUCAGUUGUACUACAAAGCCGACAAGCUCGAAGCGGACGGGCACUCUGUUGCAGUUUUCGAAUUUGUAAUUCCACUGUCUAUAUCAGCUGGCAGUUUUGAGCUGAGUUUGCCAAUAACCCUCAGCAAGUUUGAAUCCAAAUGGAGUUAAUAUUUUUGUCUCUCA